CAAGUCAAUCGCUUCGGCUGCGUUGCUGGGGGGCUCCUGGUUGGCAAGAUCGGGAGAGUCAUCGAAAUCCAUCGCAUCGGCGACUUGAUCGCUAUCUGGAGCUGGGUCAGCCAAGCCGGGUGAGACGCUGUGCGUGAGUGUGACCUCGAUGAUGGGUUCGGCGGAACGGGAGGUCUCGGGAACCACGGUUGCUUGUCCAGUGAGGAAGGUUUCGAGCUUUGUGAAAUCUCUGUCGUGCGGGAAAUCUCUUGAGACUCUAUCUGAAUCAAGGCAGACAUUUUGGAAUGGAUGGACAAGUCUGUAGGGGUGUGGUCUGUAGUUGUUGAUGAUGGGGAACCCCAAACCCUUGAAGAGCUUCUGGCGUUUUCGCUCGUAUGCAGUGCCAUAUGCCCUUCUCCAAAUCUCGCGACGAGCGAUCGUGGUGUGGCAGAUGAAGUAUGGGCGAACCCUCUCCUGCUCGGCCAAGUCGUCGGGGCACACAAGAGCCACGUAUACGUGGCGAAGAGCCUCGAUCUCGUAUUGAUUGGCAAAGAAAUCGAAGUGGUGACUGAGCUCCAGUCCAUAUUCACCAAUCUUUUCGAAAUUGCGCUGAACAAGCUGAUCGAUCAAACGAAGCGUGUCGCCCCAAUGAUCUGCAGGACGAUCCUCUUUGAUCCUGUCGUAUUGCUCAAGGAAAUAAGUGAGCAACACGAAGAUAUAUCGACGAACAUACGCAAUGUCGUCAAUAGACCAGAUGCAAGAGGCAAAGACAGGGUGUCCAUUCCCGUCGAAACCUCUGGGUCGAUCGAGUUUGGGGUUGGUCAUCUCGUACGUCAAGUUCCAGUGAUCUACACCGCGGAUUAUGGUCCUGACGUCCAAAGAGAAGUGCUCCCUAUAGGGAGGAAUGUGAGAGGCCACAGUGUUCUGGCGCCCAUUAUUUCGGUGGAAGUGUAACGUAUCCUUCUUCCUGCGAGGCAUUUUGAGAGAUGAGUAUCAAAGACGAAACCCCCUCGGUCGCUCUUUUAUUGCCGGGUCGGCCUGGGGGAGGGUGACCCACCUGUCUGUCC